CAACAGCAGCAGAGGUCUUAUGUGUGAUAUUAAAAUCUAUAAAACACAAACAAAUUGUGUCGUUUUAAAUGGAUAACAGCGAGGAUGAGAUGGAAGAGGAUGAGACUGAGUGGCAUAACAGUUUCGUGGAUUCAGUCCCUGAUCCAAGCCUCAAUAAAACAUCAGGACCAACACCUGCUCACAGAGUCAUUCUGCAUUUUGACCUGGACUGCUUCUAUGCUCAGGUGGAAAUGAUCAGAAACCCUGCACUGAGAGAGGUCCCUUUAGGUAUUCAGCAGAAAUACAUCAUAGUCACCUGCAACUAUGUGGCAAGAGAUCUCGGCGUCACCAAGUUGAUGGCUGUGACUGCUGCUAAGGAGAAAUGUCCUCAGCUGGUGCUGGUUAAAGGAGAAGACCUGACACACUACAGAGAGAUGUCGUAUAAACUGACAGAGCUGCUGAUGUCCUACUGUCCACUGGUAGAGAGGCUUGGGUUUGAUGAAAACUUCAUGGACGUCACAAAGAUGGUAGAUAGAAGGCUAGCAGAGACACCGGAGUCCGACAGCCUUUCAUUUAAAGGACACGUCUACAACCAUUGCAGUGCAGAUGUUAAAGCAAGUGAUCAUCCACGGUUGGCUUUAGGUUCACACAUUGCAGCAGAGCUAAGAGAAGCCAUGCACAGCAAACUGGGUCUGACCGGCUGCGCUGGAAUCGCCACGAACAAGCUACUGGCCAAACUGGUGUCGGGCUCCUUUAAACCCAAUCAGCAAACCACCCUGCUGCCCGAGAACGUUGAUGACAUCAUGGGCUGUCUGAGUGGUGUCCGCAAAGUGCCGGGGGUCGGUCACCAAACUGCUAAGCGACUUCAAGCCCUGGGAUUGGUCAGUGUGAAAGAUCUCCAGCUCUUCCCGUUGAGCGACUUGGAGAAGGAGUUUGGAGGUCCCAGUGCCCAGCGCCUGAAGAAUCUGGCCCUCGGUGUUGAUGAAUCGCCUGUCGCCCCCACCGGGGCCCCUCAGUCUCUCAGUGACGAAGACUCCUUCAAGAAAAUAUCGUCAACCAAAGAAGUUUUGGAAAAGAUUCAAGAACUCCUGAGCAGUCUGGCGGAGAGGAUGCACAAAGAUGGCAGGCAGCCUCAAACCUUCCGGCUGACCAUCCGCAGAUACUCAGCGACCAACAAGUGGUUCAGUCGGGAGAGCCGACAGUGUCCGAUCCCCAACCACAUAGGACAGAAGAUCACCUCUGACAGCAGUGAUGAUGCCGUGGUACAGCUGGUCUCGUUGGCCAUGAAGCUCUUCCACAAGAUGGUGGACAGCAGCGCCGCCUUCCACCUCACCCUCAUCAACGUCUGCUUCAGUAACCUGCAGACCAGGGGAGCUGCCGUCAGCGGAAAGGGCUCCAUAACGUCAUUCUUCACACACAGCACGUCUCCCAAAAAAACACAAAUCUUCUCAUCGCAAAGCCAGGAUGCUUCCUCUCAGAGUGGGAACACGGAUCAUCGGUUCAGCCCACACAGCGUGAUUACUCAACUCACCCCUCCUCAAAAGACAGUAACCACUGAAAGCCCUUGUAGCUCCGGGGCAUCAUUAUAUGGGUUUAAAAGAAAACAGAGGCCUUUUGUUGCUGCAGAAGACCCUCGGCUUCAGAAAGAAUCCCGCAGCACAACGAGGUCGGAGCCAGAAAUCACGGUGACACAUCGAUUGCCCCCGAACGUUGACCCCGAAGUGUUCAGGCUUCUCCCUGAGGAAAUCCAGAAGGAGCUGUUAUCUCCCGCCUACACAAACUCUCUCCCCGGUCUUUCAACGAGCUCACCUGCAGUCGACGAUGUCCCCUACGUAAGAAAAAACAAGUCUCCACAGUCAUUUAGUCACUCACAAAAUAUUAAAGACACUAAAGAGGCUGUGGAGAAAAUUGACUCAUCCGACAGGCCGACGAGCGUGGAUAAGAGGCCUGAGGGCACAAGUGCCUUUCAAGGGGAGAUGGUCAUGGAAGAAGGGAGCCUGUCAUUCCCUCGGUCUGCUGACUGUGAGUUCCCGGGAAAUGUGGACCCUAAGGUGUUUUCUGAGCUUCCGCCCGACGUUCAGGAGGAGUUGAUGUCGGGAUGGAAGCAACAGAAGCCGGUCCUGAAGACGCCCUCGUCCAGGAAACCAGCGAGAAGCUUGAUGACCAAAGACAGAAAAGCUGCAGGAAAAGGCAGUCAGGCAAACAAUCUGUUAAAGUAUUUCAAACCCAGUUAGAGGGCUGAGCAAAGCUUCUGCUAGAGGUCAUUUAUGACAGGAGAAACUCUUUUGUUAUGUUAUUUCUGGAUCUCAGGUGAUAAAUAUAUAUAUAUAUAUACAGGGAGUGAACAAAACAAAAUAAAACGCUUACCGGACGGUAGCUCUGUAGCAAGACACAAUUUGGGGAGGCUUUUUUGGUGUCACUACUACAAAUCGAAAUGCAAAAGGCAACUACACGAAUAUUGAGUACCACAGGUAUCAGGAAGAUGAUUUCUAAAGCAUCACUUACAAAUAUAGCAACAUAAUGUACGAAAAUAUUGGGGGAAAAGUCUAAAAGGUCAAGAAAAUUGCAUUUAAAAAAAGGGAAAAAUGGUUCUAUUUAAAACAACGCCAACAUUAAUUUAAAUGGCCAUUCAGUUUGAGUUGAAAAGACUCAUUUCUGCAGUUUUCAAAUUGAUCUCGGCAGUGGUUGAAUGCUAUAGAAGAAGCUACUAAGUUAACUGCCUGUAAAGUCAAGAAUUAAGGUUUUCGCUCCACUUUCUAUCAAUAUCUCUGACAAUCCCAACAAAAGCAAAAAAAGUUUGACUAAGUUGGUAUUUGUGUUGCACUUUUUUUUUUUUGUCCACCCUGUAUUUCAGUUUAAUA